CCAUGGAUAUGGGCUUCGAUGAAAUUCCAUGGCGCAUGAUAAGUACACGUACGCUCACACCAAUGUAUCGGCGAGUUAUCAGGAAAGGAAUCUUCUAAUCAGAUCGGAACUGAUAUAGAAUUCAUCUUUUAAAUGUCACAAACUUGGAAGAAUUUGGGAGUGAAUGUGCCAUUUGCGGUUAAUCUUAUCCCAGCAGUAAGGAAGUUAGUUGGCCUCACAGAACAAAAGGGAUUAUCAAGAACAGGAUCUGCGGAAGCAUUCCAUCCACAUGAUAAGGAAGACUGCCUCGAAGAACGCAGUUGUUAGCAAAAUCUCUAUGAAUAAGAACUAGGACUCACGACACAAAUUAUAACCUGAGCUCACAAUAUCAAAAAUCAGCGUUGUAUAUACGUCUCGUGCCCAGGCCUUGAGCAGCAAUCACCGUAUCAUGAUGAACAGGUCAUAUUAGAACCUUAGAGCUCU